GGGCACAGGGCUCCGGGAGUGGCCACGGCUGCUGUUGCUGCUGCUCUGUGUCUCAGCUCAGAAAUGCCAGGAAGUUGCAGAAGAAUUGGACCUAGCUUCAAGUUCUCUGUCCUCCGAGGCCUCCCCUUUCCUUCUCUCCACUAUCCCCAGAAAGAGAGAAAGGUGGCAUGGCCUGGGGGGCCCCACACCUGCUCCUGCCACCUGUCCUGCUGGCUCUCCUGGCCUUGGGUUCCCGGGGGCUUCCACCUGAGGAACUUCAUGAAGUGGCCGGGCGGACCCUCUCUGUGCCAUGCCAGUACCCACCCAAGGAAGGGCCCUACGAGAAUAAAACCUGGUGUCAGGAGAGGUCUCCAAACAGGUGUACCAUGUUAGUUACCACCUCUAAGCCCUGGACUGUGGCUGAGAAGUCUCGAUACACGAUCUGGGACGAUGCUGUAUAUGGCGUCUUUGUCAUCAUUAUGAGUCAGCUGAAAGAGGAGGACUCGGGAUCUUACUGGUGUGGAAGCUUCAAUGCUUCCGGGGAAGAGAUCACUGUUUACAGAAACAUCAGCCUGCUGGUGUCUCCAGCCCCGAUCACUCUACUUAUGUGGACUUCCACCUGGCUUCCACCAAGGACACUCAUUAUCACAACUCCAGAGACGAUCUCCGGUCCACUUUCCACCAAUGGCUCUGAGCCCAGGCAAUCGGUUCCACCACCCUCCUCCUCCUACCAGGCUGCCUCCCAUCUCCUGGUUGCUGUGCUGUGUGGACUCCUGGUGGCCAAGAGCCUGACGCUGUCAGCUCUGGGUUUGCUCCUGGGCUGCAGGCUGCUGGGUCAUGGUGGGGACAACCAAGACGCAAGUUCCUGACCCUGCCAGCCCACCCAGCACAGGACCAGGACCCUUGGGUGCUGUAACCACAGUCAUGUAUCCAGGAUGAACACUUCCCCUUCCCCUGCCCAGCUAUUGGGAACCGCCCACCCCCACCCCAACCAUUGAGCUCCAAAGCCCCAAGAGGAAAGACCAGUUCCCAAGGCUGUAGGAGACGACUCACAGCUCCUGAGUUCACCUGUGGCGACCUCUCAGCCCAGAACUGAUCACUCGGAGAUCCACUCCCCCAGCCUGGACCUCUCCCCAAACUGACCCCCACAGAGGGUUUAUCUGCAUCUGCACCAACACUUCCCACUCUGUGGGGCCAAAGACCAGCUCAGCAUCUGUCCCCAGUGAAGCCAUCUAGGGCUGGAUUUCUUUGUGGGGAGGGUUUGAAUUAAGAAUUCAAUUUCUUUAAUUAACAAAAGGCUAUUGGUAUUUUAAAAUUUCUUCUUGUGUUAGUUUUGGUAAGUUGUGUAUUCAAUUAAUUUGUCUAUUUCAUCUCAGCUGUUGAAUAAACAGGUACAAAGGUC